GGGAAAUGCUUGUAACUAUGUGGUUAGAAACCUUAGUAUAUUAUACGACUAUACGGAGAUUACCGACCAUGCUUACUUUAUAAUUUCAAUGAUACACAUACUAUGUAGAAAUAUCUCACCUAUUAAGCGCAAUUUUGCGAUCAUUCUAAACAGGUCUGGAUUAUUAUAAAUCUUGUCCAAAUCCCUCGAGCGUCGUCUGGAUCUCACUCAUCUUCCACAUCUCUCAAUCUCAAUCUGCCAUUCGUUUACAACCUGCCAUUCGUUUGCAACCUGCCAUUCGUUUACACCUCGAGUAAUCACAUCAAGAAACCAUGCAUCGCUCUGCAAUCUCUGUAGCUUUAGCUUACCUCGCCACCGGUUCGCUUGCAGCAGUAGCAGGUCGUCAACUUCUCCCUCGCGACAACGAUUGCGGCGGCCUUAGCAAUGUACCCCUUAGUUCCGACCCUGAACACUCUAGCUACACCUUCUUUUUUGAUCCAUCCGUUAAACAGGUGGUUGACGACUUGAAUAAAUCAUCUGGGAGCACUUUCAACACGGUAUUGGUAAACCAAUAUUGCAAUAAACUUAACGGCAAUGGUUACGAGUCUCACAAUGUGGCGUUCACCAAUAUCACACAGUUCGGACCAGAUUCUAAAUACACGGUUGCGACUGAUAAGUGUGAGGAGGGAGAGAGCCGCUCACCUCAAGGCUACUAUGUAAACUUGUGCGUUGGCGAUGGUACUCAAUGCACAAAGAAUUAUCCAUGGGCUGUAUGCGGCACGCCGGGUGUCGCGGGUGACACGAGGUUGUUCUGCCCAGCUGCAGAACCUUCAGGGGGUAACCCCAAGGCCGUCAGCCUCGACGACCCAACGGCUUGGAACUGCAAACUCUGCACUACGAUAAGUAAAUAUUGCCAAUGGUCUUAGUCUGUUGCCAAAGACCGGCAUGGCUGAGCACCAUCGGGAGAUAAGGAGGCGACGCCAACGCAUUGCUGGCCUGCUGAUGCGUUACACAUAAAAAGGAGUUAGAGAACCAGAUUCGUAUUCUCUUAGACAAACAAGCUUGCCUGGUAAAGGCACAUUCCAAGAC